CUGUCGGCUUGCAGCAGUGUUGUUAACGGAUAACCUGGGCUCGGGCAUACUGCAAUAACUGCGGGGCUGCUUGCAAACAGCUGCCUCGUCGUCGGCCCAAAACACCGACUCCUGUACAUCGCUGACAGAAAUGUCAGAGACAUCAAGUGAUGCAGAGUCGUCCUGUGGCUGGACCAUCAUCAGUAAUGAGGGUUCAGAUAUUGAGACGUUGGGAACGGAGGCUGCAGUGGAAUUUGCAGCCGAGCUGGUAGAGCGUCCCCCAGUGGAAGGACCAGAGCUGCAGGAUGCUCAGGCCUCAACAUCUGGUGCUGCGUGUGUUGAAGAGAGGUCCGCUGAUUCACUCGACGACACCCUGGGAGAACAAACCAUAGUUGAGACACUGUACGGUUCAGAGGCCAGAGGCACUGCAAAAGGGAAAGAGCAUGUGUUGUCCUCCAGCGAUCACUCCGACAUCGUGACUCUGGGAGACUUGAAGGAUGAGGAGCACACAGAGAGGGAAGAGGAGGCCACCGGCAAUGAGGAGUUUUAUCUCGGCACCUCCUGCAGCAGCCAGUACGCCUUCACCGCUGCAGAGACUGGUUUGUUGUUGAGUCACUGGAAACUUCCACAGAGUCUGGUGAACUUAAGCUACCAUCUGAGAAGUCACCUCACUGGAGGCUCUUUUCCAGUUUUCCCAGUGCAGCAGCCCCGGGAGACAAACUCAAGCAGCAGCGAGGACGAGGCUGGACGAAGCGCCACUACUGUCGUGCGACGACGAAGGUUGAGGAAGAACACCAUUAGCGUCAUGACAGACCAGGAGGAGGAGGCGGUGCUGGAAUCACGCCUGAGUGACGAGGAGGAGGAGGAGGACGAGGAGGAGAAGGAAGAGGAGGAGGUCCAAGAGGAGACGCAGCAUGAGGAAGACUGGACUGAAGUUAGACCAACUGCUGCUCUGAAUGUCAGAGGUCAAGGCCAAGGCAGCAGCAUCCUCAACAAAUGCAUCCUGCUCGCCCUCAUUGUAGCCAUCAGCAUGGGCUUUGGUCACUUCUAUGGUACAGUCCAGAUUCAAGAAAGACAAAAAACUGUGGAGAAAAUCAGAGUGAAUGAGCUGGAUGGAGUCAGAGAUCUGCUUCAGCGACAUGUGAGAGCUCAGCUUAUUACAAACCAGGACCAAAGCGGCAACUUGGGCUUAGAUGAACUGGAUGAGCAAAAAGUUAUUUCAUUGCUCACAGAGAUGAUUGAGAAUAUAAAGAAAGAGAACCAGGAGCUCAGCCUAAAAAAGGUUCACAUUCAGGCGCAGAGGGAUGGUCUGGAAGUGCUGCUGAAGCAGAAGACUGAGGAGAAGACUAACAUUGUGUCUCAGCAGCAGAGGCUGACAGCUGAAAACCAGCUGCUGAAAAGCUCCCUGGAACGUGAAGAAAAGUCUUUGUCCACCUUACAGGAGGAGCUGAGAAACCUGCGCUCUAAGAUCAGAGAUCUGGAGGUGAUGGGAGCUGGAGCCGAUUCGCUGCUGGCAGAAAACCAGAGGCUGAAAGACCAGCUGGAGGAGGAGAAGCAGCUGCUUAGAAAGUUUCAUGGCCAGAGAGAAGACAUGAUGGCUGAAGCACAAACAUUGAGAAAGAAGCUCGACAGAGAGAGGAAGGUCACAGAUGAGCUGAGAAGGGAGCUGAAUCGUCUGAGAAGUCGCAUCCCCGGAGCUGGAAAGGAAGCCGGUUCAGAGGCAGAGCAGCUGCAGUCUCGUCUGAUGGAGCUGCAGAAGAGGCUGAGCUUUGAGCAGCAGCGCUCCGACCUGUGGGAGAGACUGUAUGUGGAAACCAAAGAGGAACGAGCCAAAGGAGACACAGAGUCCAAAGUGAAAAAACCAAAAGAAGGCAUGGCAGGGAAAGUGAAGGAGACAUUCGAUGCUGUGAAGAACUCUACCAAGGAGUUUGUCCACCACCACAAAGAGCAGAUUAAGAAAGCCAAGGAGGCUGUGAAGGAGAACCUGAGGAAGUUUUCUGAUUCUGUCAAAUCCACUUUCCGACACUUCAAGGAUUCAGCCUCGACCUUCAUCAACAAGGCCAGAGGUUUUUAUAACAAGAGAUGCGAUGAGAAGAAUACAAAAGAGUCGUGGCAGCAAAGAUCCCACAAACAUCAUCACAGACACAAAUCUGACUCCUUCCAGAGCAACUGCAACACGCGAAAAUCAGGAGGUAAGGUCCACGAAGACCGAGGACAAGGCAGCCACAAAGCCAACAUGAAGGGCUGCUCCGGGGUUUUUGACUGCGCCUACCAGGAGUCUAUGAGUCUCUUCAACAAAGCCAUGGAGCCAAUUAGAGCUGAUGAAUUUUACCAGCUGCUGCAGAGCUACCUGCAGCAGGAGGUUGACCACUUCUACCACUGGAAGGAGCUUGAGAUGUUCAUCAACAACUUCUUCCACAACGGAGUGUUCAUCCACGAUCAGAUGCUGUUUACAGAUUUUGUAAGCGGCGUUGAAGACUAUCUGGCAGACAUGCACGAGUAUCACGGCCUUAACGACGACGUGUUCGGCGAUCUUGACGACUAUGUCUACAGGCACUUCUUUGGAGAAUCGUACAUAAAAAGUUAUGGCCCGAGCGGGCCAUUUGAAAGACCCGACACUGACUCAAAGGAGGAGUUGAGGGCGAAGCAUCACCAGCGCAAACAUCAGAGAGCCAGGUCUCGACCUCACAGUGAACGCAAGUGGAGCAGGUCAGGUAGAAACGCAGACAGACACAUGGCAGACGUCAAAAUAGAAUUAGGCCCGAUGCCGUUUGACCCCAAAUACUGAAAAUUUCCCCGCUAGUUUAACAAGAUAGUGGCUAAUUCAAAUGUUUGGGUUGUAUUUAGAUGCAAAGUCUCCUUUUUUUUGUAAGUUUGCACAGUGUUAUGUUUUUAAUGCUACUGAACGUCCUCGAGCUGUUUGGUGUUAACGUUACUGUUGUUAGGUUUGAAUGGAAGAUGUGGCAUGUCUUAUGUCAGCUGCACAUUUGUAACACGAGAGUUCAUUUAACUGUUUACAAAUCUUAAUCAUUCUUUAACAUUCGGCUUCUAAAUUAUGGACCUGAUGAGGAGUUCCAGCUCCAACAUCAUCAAUGCUUGUUUUCAACCACAUGAAUUGUGUUUAAAAAAAAAAAGCAGAAAAUGUUAAUUGGGAACCCGACUACUGUGCCAUGUAAAAACAACAAAAACAAAGACAUGCCACAUGUAGGAUGUUUUCCUGUACAGUCACAUUGUUUUAAUUUGCUGCUACAAAGACAAGUUGGUGUGACGUGGUUGUAAUUUGCUUUCAGACUUUAAAUGCUUUUUUGUCUAACAUUCCACCUGAAGCUUGUUUUAACUGGACCUUUUACACGACUGGAAAGAAAAGCCUGGAAAUCACAGCAAUUAAAUGGAUUGUGGAUGAAGAUAAAAAUGUUUAAAAAAUGAAUAAAAUAUUUGUUUCAGUACAAAGUCCAUAUCAUAGGAUGUUUUCCUUCAGGAACUGAAGUUGCCAUUGCUCCAGUGUUUGUCAGUGCCUUUCAUAAAUAAAGAUGCUUCCUCCAA